ACCUCUAAGCACAUUCACGCGUAUCAUGGAAACCAAUAAUGUUUCAUCUACCAAAAGCGCUUCAACUUAGAUAUAGCUAUAUGCCCCCAUUCUCAGUACCAUCAAGCAUAACAUUAAAAGUACAGAAGAAACAGCACAAUCAAACAUCAUCACAAGGUUGGUUUUGGCUCUAUCAUUUAGUAGCAGAGACAAAGAUAGUUAAGGUACAUUCUGGUAUAUGUCUAAGAUAACAAAUAGAAAGCUUUGUCCAUUCCUUUUUGACCAUUCUCUCAUCUCUAUUAUCUCCCUUCUUAAACAUACUACUUGACACUAUCUCUUUUUGUUUCACAUGCUUGUGUUUAAAACGUUUGUGUGAAACUUAAGCAUCAUGCAUGUGCUCUCCUAAACUAGUAGUCUUUUAUCACCUUCACCUUCACCCUCAUCUUCUACAUUAAUCUCCAACUCCAAGUAAAGUCACCAUUUUCACAAUCAAAAAUGGAAAAUAUUAGUGUUACCUCUUUGUUCUUUUGCUUACUCUUUUUUAGCAUAACAAAGAUACAAGUAAUAACUUCUCUUUCACCUGAUGGACAAGCACUUCUUUCUCUUGCAACAUCAUCACCUUCUAUUCUCUCUUCAUGGAACCCUUCAACAUCAACACCAUGUUCAUGGAAAGGCAUAACUUGUUCACCACAAUCUAGAGUGAUUUCCCUUUCUAUCCCUGAUACUUUCCUCAACCUCACUUCUUUACCAUCUCAACUAUCCUCUUUAACAAUGCUUCAGCUUCUUAAUCUCUCUUCAACCAAUCUCUCUGGCUCUAUCCCACCUUCUUUUGGUCAACUCUCCCAUCUUCAACUCCUUGACCUCUCCUCAAACUCUCUCACUGGUUCCAUUCCUAAUGAACUUGGAAGCCUCUCUUCUCUUCAAUUCCUUUUCUUAAACUCAAACAGAUUAACAGGAACCAUUCCAAAACAAUUUUCAAAUCUCACUUCACUUGAAGUUCUUUGUCUUCAAGACAAUCUUCUCAAUGGCUCAAUUCCUUCACAACUAGGCUCUUUGAAAUCUCUUCAACAGUUUAGGAUAGGUGGUAACCCUUUUCUCACUGGAGAACUUCCUUCACAGUUAGGACUAUUAACCAACCUCACCACAUUUGGUGCAGCUGCAACUUCACUUUCAGGUUCCAUUCCCUCUUCAUUUGGAAACUUGAUCAAUCUACAAACUCUAGCACUUUAUGAUACAGAAAUAUCUGGUUCAAUACCACCUGAACUUGGUUUGUGUUCUGAGUUGAGGAAUCUUUAUUUACAUAUGAACAACCUCACUGGCUCUAUUCCUUUUCAAUUAGGUAAGUUGCAAAAACUUACUAGUUUGCUUCUUUGGGGGAAUACAUUAUCUGGUAAAAUCCCUUCUGAAAUUUCAAACUGUUCAUCAUUAGUUAUAUUUGAUGUAUCAUCUAACGAUCUCACUGGUGAAAUACCUGGUGAUUUUGGGAAGCUAGUUGUUCUUGAACAGCUUCAUUUAUCAGAUAAUUCGCUCACCGGUCAAAUACCGUGGCAGUUGAGUAACUGCACAAGCCUUGCAACUGUCCAGCUUGACAAGAAUCAGUUAUCAGGUACAAUUCCUUAUCAGCUUGGAAAGUUGAAGGUUCUACAGAGUUUUUUCUUGUGGGGGAAUUUGGUUUCUGGUACUAUACCGCCCUCUUUUGGAAACUGUUCAGAACUGUAUGCACUUGAUCUUUCAAGGAAUAAGUUAACAGGUUCUAUACCAGAUGAGAUUUUCAGUUUGCAGAAGCUGAGUAAGCUUCUCCUUCUUGGAAAUUCAUUAACAGGAAGAUUACCAGCCAGUGUUGCAAAAUGUCAAUCUUUGGUUAGAUUGAGAGUUGGAGAGAAUCAGCUUUCAGGAGAGAUUCCUAAAGAGAUAGGACAGUUGCAGAAUCUUGUGUUUCUUGAUUUGUAUAUGAAUCAUUUCUCCGGAAGAUUACCGGUUGAGAUUGCGAACAUCACGGUUCUUGAGCUAUUAGAUGCUCAUAACAACUACCUCGGUGGAGAAAUUCCAUCCCUGAUUGGUGAGCUUGAAAAUUUGGAGCAGCUUGAUCUUAGUAGAAACAGUUUGACAGGUGAAAUUCCUUGGAGCUUUGGGAACUUGAGCUAUUUGAACAAGCUUAUUCUCAACAAUAAUUUAUUAACAGGCUCAAUACCAAAAUCUGUUAGAAAUCUACAGAAGCUAACUCUUUUGGAUUUGAGUUAUAAUAGCUUAUCUGGUAGCAUACCUCCAGAGAUUGGUCAUGUUACAAGCCUAACAAUCAGUUUGGAUUUGAGCUCAAAUUCGUUCAUUGGUGAAAUACCAGAUUCAAUGUCUGCUUUGACACAGUUACAAUCACUUGAUCUUUCAAGGAACAUGCUUUUUGGAGGAAUUAAGGUUCUUGGUUCUCUUACUAGUCUCACUUCACUCAAUAUCUCCUACAACAACUUCUCAGGUCCUAUUCCAGUAACUCCAUUCUUCAAAACUCUAACUUCUAGUUCAUAUCUUCAGAACCGGCAUCUGUGUCAGUCCGUUGACGGUACUACAUGUUCUUCAAGUCUGAUUCAAAAGAAUGGUUUAAAAUCUGCAAAAACCAUAGCUAUGAUCACAAUUAUUCUAGCUUCGGUUACCAUAAUUGUCAUUGCGUCGUGGAUUCUAGUAACACGUAGUAAUCAUCGGUACAAUGUUGAAAAGGCUUUGAGGAUAUCAGGUUCCGCGUCAGGAGCUGAGGAUUUCUCUUAUCCUUGGACUUUCAUACCAUUUCAGAAACUGAAUUUCAGCAUAGAAAAUAUAUUGGAUUGCUUGAAAGAUGAAAACGUGAUUGGAAAAGGUUGUUCUGGUGUUGUGUAUAAGGCUGAGAUGCCGCGCGGAGAGGUAAUAGCAGUGAAGAAGCUUUGGAAAACAAGCAAAGGAGAUGAAAUGGUCGAUUCUUUUGCUGCUGAGAUUCAGAUUCUCGGCUACAUUCGGCAUAGGAACAUUGUGAGGCUCAUAGGUUAUUGUUCUAAUGGGAGUGUUAAGCUACUUCUCUAUAACUUUAUCCAAAAUGGUAAUCUUAGACAACUUUUGGAAGGGAAUAGAAACUUAGACUGGGAAACUAGAUACAAGAUCGCUGUUGGUUCAGCUCAAGGUUUAGCUUAUCUUCAUCAUGAUUGUGUCCCAUCAAUUCUACACAGAGAUGUUAAGUGCAAUAACAUACUUCUAGAUUCCAAAUUUGAGGCAUAUAUUGCAGAUUUUGGCCUUGCAAAGCUAAUGAAUUCACCAAAUUAUCAUCAUGCAAUGUCCAGAGUUGCUGGUUCCUAUGGCUACAUUGCCCCAGAGUAUGGCUACACCAUGAACAUAACAGAGAAGAGCGACGUCUACAGUUAUGGAGUGGUUUUGCUAGAGAUACUAAGUGGGAGAAGUGCAGUUGAAGAUGGACAACACGUUGGAGAUGGACAACACAUAGUUGAAUGGGUGAAGAAGAAAAUGGCAAGCUUUGAACCAGCUGUGUCAAUACUAGAUACAAAGCUUCAAAGUCUACCAGAUCAAGUGGUGCAAGAGAUGCUUCAAACACUUGGAAUCGCUAUGUUUUGUGUAAAUUCUUCGCCAGUUGAAAGACCAACUAUGAAGGAAGUUGUUGCAUUACUGAUGGAAGUGAAGAGUCAGCCUCAUGAGGAGAUGGGGAAAACCUCUCAACCUUUAAUCAAGCAGUCAUCAACUCAAUGCUGAGUUUUGUUUUUCAUUGUUUCUUUGUUUUAAUAAUUAGAUGUAAUGGUGGUUAGUGAUUGAUUUUCAUCUCUUCUUAGAUGAAAACAAGAUGGUUGUUAAUGUGGGAACUUUGAGAUUAGAGUAGAAUCGGCUAUUGCUGUACAGUUUUAGAAAUUAAUAUCAUAGAUAUCAGUUGUCUGCAAUA